AUGUAUACGUCCAGUACCGGAGAAGAAAAUGGCAAUGCCGUCGUCCUGCUGCAAACCUUCAGAGCAUGGCUCAUUGCAGACAACUGGUCAGCCUACGUACGGAGGUUAUUCGACGGCGGUAGCGAGAAGACGUUCAUCCGGCAAGAUGUCUCCAGGCGAGUGCUCGAAGAGCUAGAUGUCAGGAUUAACACGUUCGGUGAGGCCUCAGCGGUAGCAAGUGCUACUCGCCGCAGAGUUGUUGAAGUACGACUGCGAAGUCAAUACGUCCAGAGGGUGCACUGCAUCGAAGCAGUCGAGAUCCCCUUCAUCUGUAAGGACAUCGUGUCCUUACAUCCUCCAGACGACGUAUUCGUAGCAGCUGUGAAGACAAAAGGCGAACGUAUCGCUCACGAACUCUUCUUUCCAGGCAUGAAGUCGGAACCCGGUAUCGCGCUCCUUAUUGGAGCAGACCAAAUGUGGAACUCGGCUGGAUGUUCCAGGGACCAGCCCUCUCUCAAGUCUUCACUUGCCGAAGACACGAAAGCCUUUACCUGUGCACUACAAGUCGAAGUCGUCACGGGCGGAAUCCACUCGGACGUAAGGAAGCUCUGGGAGCUAGAAGGCUUGGGGAUCACAGACGACACCAACGAUAACAGACUGGAAGGCGAUGCCGUUAUGCUGUACUUCGAGAAUACGGUAGAGAAGAAGGACAACCGCUACAAAGCCAGUCUACCGUGGAAAACGAGUAGCACUAGUCUCGGGGAUAAUCGAAGGGUGGCGGAACGCAGGCUUGAGAAUCUGGUGAAUAAGUUGCGCUCCAACUUCAACCGGCUGUUAGACUACGACGGGGCCAUGCGAUCGUAUCUAAAUGAAGGACAUGCCGAAGUUGUCCACGAGUUCAAACCUACGUUCUCGGAACGUGUAUAUUACAUGCCUCAUCAAGGAGUGUUCCGUGAAAGUUCCGCGACCACCAAGCUACGAAUCGUAUUGGACGUUUCAUCCCAUGCUCCAGACAGUCACUCGCUAAACGAUUACCUUGAAAAAGGACGGAAACUUAACAAUAAAUUGCUACGACUGCUACUGCGCUUUCGUACGGAGAAGAUCGCUCUCGUAGCAGACAUAGCAAAAGCAUUUCUACAGAUCAUCGUAACGGAAGAGGACCCAACAAUCUCAUAUCAUUUGAGUCACGUGGAAGGACAUCUCGAAGAAACGGCCAAGAAGAUAGCAAAAUCCUUCUAUGUAAAUGACUUGCUAAAGGGAGCGCCAAACGAAGAUGAAGCAAAGCGAAUCUACGUAGAAUCCAAGGCUAUACUGAAGUUAGCUGGAAUGGAUCGGAGGAAGUGGGCGUCCAAUUCUCCAGUUCUUGAUCAGCUGUUCGAAGAACAAGAGUCCACAGGACAGAACUAUGCAAAUACAGAGACGAGACUUUUGGAAAAACUGUGGGAUCGUCAGACCGACCGGUUGAAGCUUCCGGAAAUGAGCCAACUUCACGGUCUUACCUCGAAGAAGUCUGCGAAACGAAUCGUGCUUCAAGUCUCUGCCUCAGUCUUCGACCCAUUGGGCCUUGCCUCUCCACUCACAAUACGCGCAAAAAUACUCUUUCAACGCAUUUGGCAACUCGGUAUUGAAUGGGACGAAGACUUGCCACCGGCAAUGACGAUGGAGUGGAUCAGCUGGUACGAGGAGUUUCCGCAAAUACAGAGACUGGAAGUACCUCGCUACGUAACCAGAGGAAUCAAGGAUUGCUUGGACGAUGUCCAAUGGGAAGAGGCUUCUCUUCCGUCUCUGGCCGAAGACUUCAACUUCAACGAACCAAGGGUUGCUGUAGAGAUAAGGUGGAAACUUCAGCAACAGAUGCUAAAUGCCUUUUGGAGGUGCUGGAGAACAGAGUACCUUCUGCAGCUGAGAUCAGCGCAUCAGGUCAAGGCCACCAGUGGGAGCCAAGCACCGCUACAAGUUGGGGACUUAGUCGUCAUCCACAACGAGAGAUUACCACGCCAUGUGUGGAAAACUGGACGAAUAACGGAUGUGUUUGUGUGA